AAACUUCGGGAAAACUCAGGUCAAUCCCAUGGGGAACAACGAACCACCGGCAUGCAUCCAGAACGCAAUGAUGACGAAGGAUAAGAAGCCUUUCACUUACACACCGGGAGGUCUCGACCUCUCACAAAUUCGCACGCCAAGUAUGGCGAGGAGGCUGGCACGUCAACGGUCUUUGGAAGACCAAGAACAGGCUCAUGCACAAUACGGUGGUGGAAAUUACCAUCCGCAAGGAGGACCAGGGGGACCAGUUCCACCACCACCACCACCUCCACCAUCUAAAAUCCCCGCACCCCCUCCUCCACCCCCAAUUGUCAUUGACGUACCACAAUCCAAAUCUCCAAAACCAGUCGCCCUUGGUGAACGACCCGAAAUUGUGAUUCCAGAGAACCCCAUUGGAAUGUUAAGAAAAACGAACAGUCCUUACCAUUGGGAAGCUGAAAAAGCUGAACUUCAACGAAUGGGACAAGUGCCCAAAUUCCAAGAAAAAGUUCCAAGCCCUCUUACAGUUAAAAUGCCCCCGUCUACCUUCACGCAGCAGCAGCCACAAACGUAUACCCCACCCGGACAAAACCGGCAGAAUUAUUAUGGUAACCACACCCCUGAAAGUCCCCUUCACAAGCCAGAGGCACAGUAUGCUCACCAAAAAUCUAAUUCCCCCAAUGUCAAUGGCUCGCCACCUAUGAGAGAGGUCUUGCAAAGACAAGAUUCUCAGUUCAACAAAAGUCCCCAGCCUUUUGCAUCUCAGUCACCGUUUAGUAACGGUUCUACUUAUUCACCUAGCCCUAACAAUAACUGGAGGCAACCUGAAAAGAGAGAUUCGCCGCUAGCUAAUGUAAAUAAUAGUCCACUUUCACCUCAAUUCCAACGAGGCCAAUAUUCUCCUGCUUCUCAACAACACUCUCCAAAUUAUCAAAACCAGUCACCAUCUUCCAACAGUGGACCUCAGUUUCAUACUUUACCUAGGGCUGGUCAAAGAAAUCAAGACAAUUUCGUAAAUAACAAUCAGAACAAUAAUGUUAUUUAUAAUAACACUCGGGAAGCAAGUCCUAAGGUAGAUCCAGCGCCUUGGCGAUCCAAUACCCUUAACAGACAACCACGUGAGCCUGAAAAUGUGCAAAACCUCUACCACAAUAGUCCGAACGUGAAUCAACAGCCAACGUAUACUCCUCCGUGGAAGUCAAAUGAUUCUAAUAAUAAUAAUGAUAACAGUUACAUUCCUCCUUGGAAACAAGAAAACAGAAACACAAGUAAUCAAGCUACAAAUCAACAGUACACACCUCCAUGGGUUGCAGCAGCACAGGAGGCAAAUAACAAUAGGGAACAAGAAAAUUACAAUGCUCCGUGGAGAUCUCAAAACUAUGAAAGGACAGGCCCUGCAUCUCCUCCAUCUAGGCCAAGUCAGCCCGAACAGCCACGGUAUCAAUCUACAAUGUCUAUACCAGUGACACCGAAGAGGCAGAACCCACAGCCUGAAUACAACAACACUCCUCCUCAAAAAGAAGUGGUUUACGUUAACCAGGAACCAGUGUACUUCUGCCCCGAUAGUCCGAAGUCAGUGCCACCAUGGGUAAAAACACAAAAAGAAAAGACUAAGACUCCUCCUCCAGUUUGGGUUCAAAGACCCUUGGACGGCAGGAGAAGUAUACCCCGUGAACUAGCCACUCCUCCUCGUGACUCAAACCAAGAGCCGGAAUGGGUGAAAAAGAGUAACGAGAUGCAAAGGAAUGCUCGUGAAGUGGUCAGUCCUCCCAAAUACCAGCAAACAGCGCAGCCCACAUGGUCUACGCUACCAUCCGAAAAUAGGAAGAGUGUGACGAGGGAAACUGGCCCUAGCUCCCAGGGUAAUCGUGUAAUUCCUAUACAAAUGGAAGUGUCGAGCACGGAAACAAGAGAUGGAAGACAAGGUCACCAUCAGCAGCCUCAGUUGAGGAUUGUGAUUGAUAUGCAACAGAAUCCCAACGCUCAGAAUCAGAACCGUUCACAAGUGCCAUUUUCUCCACCUACGCAGCGUAUCAUGAGGGUUUUAUCCCCGCAGCUGGUGAGACUAGAUGAUGGUCCAGCUCAGAAUGAGCUUCCAUCACUGAAUAGGAACUUCCAAACCAGUCAGGACAACCAGCCCAAGACAAGGAUAAUCCCUAUUCAAAUAGAAGGUGGUGGCAAUGGCGGCGCAAACAAAAGCUUCGGUGGGCGGUACUAAGGGAGCUGCGCGGGCGCCGAAGGUUUACUACCACAAGUUCACCCAAGACGGGCCCCCGCGGCAGUCGAAGGCCUUCAAGGUUCUCCAGAUCAUCACAGGCACCCAGGACCAGGACGACAUCCAGACUAUGGAAGACCACCAUGGAUUUACGGACUUAUAACAAAAAAUGUAUAGGAAUAGUGUAGUAACAACUAACCUCUUUAUAUGGUUUUACUAAAGUGGUAUAACUGCAUUAUGUUUAUAUUGUAAAUUAAUAUUUGCUUAAUGAACACUAAUGGUUGUUGAUUUGGCUAAUAAUAACGUUAAUAUGGUUACAAUUAAGCUAUAUUGAAACGUAUACGACAUCUUAAUAUAGCAAUGUAUGUUAACAAUACUGUAAUGCGGUAACGAUGUUUUAUUUAAAAAAUAGGAAUCUCACCAAAAACUACUGAAUUCU